AUGCAUCAAGCUGGUAGAACUACAAUGGUCAAAGAUGUUCUUAAUUCAAUUCUCAUAUAUCAAAUGAAGACGUUUAAGAUGACAAAUAAACUACUCAGGAAGUUAGACAUUAUUCAAAGGAAGUUCUGGUGGGGUUUUAAAACGAACAGAGGUAUUAUUUUAAUUGCUUGGAAAAACAUGUGCUUAUCUAAAGAUCUAGGUGGUCUGGCCUUCAGGGAUUUAGAGAUGUUGAAUCAUGCACUUCUUACUAAGCUAGCAUGGAGAAUCUGUCACAAAUCUGAUCACUUGCUGGGUCAAAUUCUUAAGGCUAAAUAUUACAAGCAUGAAGAUUUCAUUCAUUUACAUGCUGAGAAGAGUAACUCUUCUUGGGUUUGUAAGAGUAUUGAAUUGGGUCUCUCAAUAGUUCAACAAUACUACUUUAUGGAAGUUAACAACGGGAAUUCUAUUUGA